AUGAAAGAAAGCUAUAAAAAUAAAUCCAAUAAAAUCAAGAUCAUAAUAGAGCUAAAUCAUAUUUUAAAAUUAAGUAAUUAAUAAUAUAAUGUAAGGAUCUCACUUUAGAAUAUUGUAGCGAAUAAAUAAAUUACUUAUUAAUCAAAACGGUACAUCUCUACAAAAGUUAGAGACAGGGAUGAUGAAUAAAUAUAAUUUAAUUUAUGUUCUGGAAAUAAAUAAAUGA